AUGCCUGGAUGCGUCGAGAAGACAGGGCGGGGGCGGGAGGCGGCAGAUCAAAUGGUGAUUAAAACAGGUAGGGAGGAGGAAGACCCAGUAAUACCGAUGUCCAACGGGAGGCUAAUCCAAGCCACAACGACAGCAGAUUCAACAACCUGUAGGACAUGUAGGAAACCGAGUAAAACCGGUGUCCAACGGGUGCUCAAGGGAGGCAGAGAGGCUAAGGAGUGGGACACCAAGUAUGACCGGUAUCCACCAAGAACGGAAGCCGCCAAUGAGAAUACAGACGUUCAGCGCGAAGGAGACCGAGUAAAACCAGUUUCCAACGGUUGCUCGACGCAAGCAGAAAGACGGGGGACGGCUCAGAGAGUCAAUAUAGAGCAGUGCGGAAUGGGAGGUAAGCAAAGGACAGAAGACAGGAAGAAGGAUGCAGAAGUUGAGCGCAAAGGAGACCAAGUAAAACCGGUUUCCAAAUAA